UUCAGUCAAUGAGAACAGACCCUUAGUCCAAUUGUUAAAGAGAGAGCCCUAACAAAUCUCUCUCAAUGUACCUUCACAAUGCGCCUGUUCUUCCCUUUCACCCCCUUCUCAAAUCCUCUCUUUCAAGCCUUUCUUCGCCAUUUCAGCUCCAACACAAAUCUCCCAACUCUUGGCAAAAUCCCCACUAAAUAUCGACCUCAAGCAAUCAAAGAAGCUCAAGAAGUUGUCACAGAUUAUCUUCAUACUACCAGUGCAUUACCCUUUUCAUAUGCCGAGUUCAUCAGCAAAAACUCCGUUCAUUCUCUUGCUGAAUUGAUGUCAAAGGUAGAUUUUUCAUCCAUUUAUUUCCGCAAGAAUUUUGAGAGGUUUCUCAGGUAUAAUCCUCUUCAUGAAUUUGGGUUCUUUUAUGAAAGUAUUGGGAUUCAUUAUUGUAAUAUCAAUGAUUUUUUGAAGCCAAAUGUGCAUUUUUUCUCUGAUGAUUCAACUGUAUUGAAUGUUGCUUGUACACUUGCUGGAUUUGGGUUUCCUUGGAAUAAGUUGGGGAGAUUGUAUGUUGAAGAAAUUUCAAUUUUUGAGAAAAAUCCCAAGUUUUUGGGGUCAAAGUUUAAUGGGUUGUUAGCAAUGGGGUUUAGUACUGAACAAGCUGUUGGUAUUUGUUUAGGGUUUCCCUUUUUAUUGAAGGGGGAAGAGGUUGGAUUAAAGGGUGAAUUUGAUGAAUUAUUGGAUGAAUUGAAAAGGGUAUUGAUUGAUUAUGAUUUGGGGGAUGGAUUAGUUGGAAAUGUGGAUCUUUGGUAUGAGGUUUGUAGGAAACUUAGGCUUUUCUAUGACUUGGGUGUCCCAAAAAGGGCGGUUGGAGAGUCGAUUAGUAAGAGUUCUGUUGUUUUCACUGAUUAUUCAGAGAAGGUUUUGGCUGAGAAGGUGGAGUUCUUUUGUAAGUUGAGUGUUGUGAAAGCAGAUGUUGGUUUGUUGCUUCUUUCCCAUCCUGAGAUACUGAGCAUUGAUAUCGAAAAUCGUGUAGUUUCUGUAUCCGGAUUUUUGAAUCAUUUUGGCUUAUCCAAGAACGAACUUAAACUCCUUAUGGAGAAAUACUCUUAUGUAUUUGGUCGGAAUAAGAUGUCUAAUUUGCCCCAUAUUCUUAGAGCCAUGGAUCUUCAUGAAUGGUUCUUCCAUAAUAUGAAGUUGGGGAAGUAUCCGUUAUUUGGUGAUUAUGAUUUGAGUAGUCCCGAUGAAGGUGAAGACGCGAAUUAUGUACAGGAGAUGGAGAACGUCAAAUGCUUAAGACAUUAUAGUUAUUUACUAUGUAAGUUGAAAUUUUUUCAUGGCAUUGGAUUUGGAGAGCAUGGUUUCACCAUGAAGCUCUUAAAAGAUGUACAUGGUUCUGGUAGUGACUUACAUGAGCGAUUCGAUCUCCUACUAAAUGAAGGCAUUGAGUUCUCCAAACUGUGCAAGAUGAUAAGUUAUACACCUAAGAUUCUUAAUCAGGAGACGGACUCUCUUAAACGGAAAAUUGACUUCCUUCGCCAGGAAGUCGGUUUAUCCUUGGAGUUCCUGGAGACUUUUCCAGCCUAUUUGAUUUAUAAUUUAGAAAAGCGAAUUAAGCCUAGAUAUAGAUUUCAUGUCUGGCUAGCUAAGCAGGGCUGGGUGAAAAAGAAGUACACUUUGUCAGGCAUUAUAGCUAUAAGUAAGAAAGGAUUCUUGGAACAACUUUCCUGUAUACAUCCAACAGCACCUCAAUUAUGGUUGGAGCAAUGCGAGCAAACGAAGACAAGUGAAUCGAAGAAAGUAUCAUAAGGCGGUUUCCAGCUCAGAAUGUAUAGUGAGCAAUGAAAGUUCUUCAGAGUUUCUAAGCACUUAUUAUUGAUAGGUUCAUAUUAUUCAAAGAAAACAUAUACGAUUAUUUUUGGGCCUAUGAUUUAUUAUUUUAAAAAAGAAGUAAAUUCUUUGGUCACAGAUUCAGUUCAGUUUCAUAACUUGAAUUAUUCAAAGAAUAAUAUUUUGUGACUUUAUCAGAGAGCCUAUCCUCCUCAUGUGUUGCUAUGAACCUGAUUUCUGCUUGUUCAGAUGGAAUUACAUGUCUCUCAGAUGAUUAUAGCACAAGAGAUGGCUGUGAACAUAUUUCAGUCUGUUCAAAGGAGUUGUGACAACUAUCCUCUACGCAUCAGAAUACUGUAUAUGCUUAUUUAUUUUUGGUGGGAGGGAGCAAUCCUGUCUUUAAGAAGUUGCAUCCAUUAGGACCAUCAACUACAAAGCUCCUGCCUAAAGUAGUUUAAGGUGCAGGGCGUGGGUCACGAGUACAUGACAUUUCUUUGAGCAUGAUAAAGCUUCAGCUACCGAAGCUGCUAUGGGUCAUUGAUUGACUAACAUUUGCAGGCUCAUCAGGUGAUCAUUUCAGGCCUUUGUCCUUGGAAGAUAUGUAAGAGUGUAAGUUAGAAAAAUACAAGUAGGAGAUACCAUGAGGUCUGUUAAGUAAAGCUAAAUUUAAUAAUUGGUUAGAUUUUCAAGCACAUCCUUGACAAAGCUCUUGUAUAGUAUGGAGUUCACAACUUAUAGUUCCUGCAGUCUGCACGAAGUGUCGAAGUUUGAUUCAGCUUCAGCAUAUUCUGAUUUCUAAGCUUGUUUAUCAAUACCUACAACAAUAUAAUAUGAGGGUUUGUUCCUCAAUAAGGUUCAUUAUAAUGUUGAGCUUGUUAGCCUUUUCUUUUAUGCAAUUUCUUGUAUCCUUCAGAAUACUUGGUAAAUGGUGAUCGUCACCCUUUAAACUUUGCUUAUUCUGUUCGAAUAUAAACAGGUUGCUCCA